GGCGAAUCCGGUUCCCCCGGCGAGAACGGCUCCCCCGGCCCCAUGGGUCCCCGCGGGCUGCCCGGAGAGCGAGGACGUCCCGGCCCCUCCGGUGCCGCCGGCGCUCGUGGCAACGACGGUCUCCCCGGUCCCGCCGGACCCCCCGGACCCGUCGGCCCAGCCGGAGCUCCCGGCUUUCCUGGUGCCCCCGGCUCCAAGGGUGAAGCUGGUCCCACUGGAGCCCGAGGUCCCGAGGGUGCCCAGGGCCCCCGCGGCGAAUCCGGCACCCCCGGCUCCCCCGGCCCCGCCGGCGCCCCCGGUAACCCGGGCACCGACGGCAUCCCCGGAGCCAAGGGCUCGGCGGUGAGCGGGGGCCUCACGGGCCGCCCCGGUGACGCUGGACCCCAAGGCAAAGUCGGCCCCACCGGUGCCCCCGGCGAGGACGGGCGCCCCGGCCCCCCCGGCCCACAGGGUGCCCGUGGCCAGCCCGGUGUGAUGGGAUUCCCCGGCCCCAAAGGUGCCAACGGCGAGCGCGGCUUCCCCGGCGAGCGCGGCUCUCCCGGUGCCCAAGGGCUGCAGGGACCCCGCGGGCUGCCCGGGACCCCCGGCACCGACGGGCCCAAGGGUGCCACCGGCCCCGCCGGCCCCAACGGCGCCCAGGGACCCCCCGGGCUGCAGGGGAUGCCCGGGGAGAGAGGAGCGGCCGGAAUCGCCGGUCCCAAGGGAGACAGGGGAGACGUCGGCGAGAAGGGCCCCGAGGGAGCCCCCGGCAAGGACGGCGCCCGCGGUCUGACGGGUCCCAUCGGCCCCCCCGGCCCCGCCGGCCCCAACGGCGAGAAGGGUGAAUCCGGCCCUCCCGGCCCCUCCGGCGCUGCCGGUGCCCGCGGUGCCCCCGGGGAGCGUGGGGAGCCCGGAGCCCCCGGUCCCGCUGGAUUUGCCGGACCCCCGGGCGCCGACGGGCAACCGGGUGCCAAAGGCGAGCAGGGAGAGCCCGGGCAGAAGGGUGACGCCGGUGCCCCUGGUCCCCAAGGCCCCUCUGGGGCCCCUGGCCCACAGGGUCCAACUGGUGUAACUGGUCCCAAAGGAGCCCGGGGUGCUCAAGGACCCCCUGGAGCCACCGGAUUCCCCGGAGCUGCCGGACGCGUCGGACCCCCCGGCCCUAACGGUAACCCAGGCCCCCCCGGGCCCCCCGGCUCCGCUGGCAAGGACGGUCCCAAGGGCGCUCGAGGCGACGCCGGACCCCCGGGCCGUGCCGGGGACCCCGGGCUGCAGGGCCCCGCCGGCCCCCCCGGGGAGAAGGGAGAGCCCGGCGAGGACGGUCCCGCGGGUCCCGACGGGCCCCCGGGUCCCCAAGGCUUGGCGGGACAGCGCGGCAUCGUCGGCCUCCCCGGGCAGCGCGGGGAGAGGGGCUUUCCCGGCCUGCCGGGGCCAUCGGGUGAACCCGGCAAACAAGGAGCGCCCGGCUCUGCUGGCGACCGAGGCCCCCCCGGCCCCGUGGGUCCCCCCGGCCUGACGGGUCCCGCUGGAGAACCCGGCCGAGAGGGAAAUCCCGGCUCCGACGGUCCCCCGGGAAGAGACGGCGCGGCCGGAGUGAAGGGCGACCGAGGCGAGACGGGGCCCGUGGGUGCCCCCGGUGCUCCCGGCGCUCCCGGCGCUCCCGGGCCCGUGGGUCCCACCGGCAAACAAGGAGACAGAGGCGAGACGGGUGCACAAGGUCCCAUGGGUCCCUCUGGCCCUGCUGGCGCUCGGGGGAUGCCGGGUCCCCAAGGGCCUCGUGGUGACAAGGGCGAGACGGGAGAGGCUGGAGAGAGAGGGCUGAAGGGUCACCGUGGCUUCACCGGCCUGCAGGGUCUCCCUGGCCCCCCCGGUCCUUCUGGAGACCAAGGUGCUGCUGGUCCCGCAGGUCCCUCUGGUCCCAGGGGUCCCCCUGGCCCCGUGGGCCCCUCUGGCAAGGACGGCUCCAAUGGCAUGCCCGGCCCCAUCGGCCCCCCCGGGCCCCGCGGGCGGAGCGGAGAACCCGGCCCUGCAGGUCCUCCUGGAAACCCGGGUCCCCCCGGCCCCCCCGGGCCGCCCGGCACCGGCAUCGACAUGUCGGCGUUCGCGGGGCUGGGCCAGCCCGAGAAGGGCCCCGACCCCAUCCGGUACAUGAGGGCGGACGAGGCCGCCGGGAGCCUGAGGCAGCACGACGUGGAGGUGGACGCCACGCUCAAGUCCCUCAACAACCAGAUCGAGAG